AUGUCAAAUCCAAUAGACCGCGCUACAAUAGAUCAUUUUAUUUACAGCAAAUGUUUCAAUCAUGAAGAGACUUUUGAACAAAAGAAUGAUAGUAGCGAAGAAGUGGACGAUGCGCUCUUUGCACCCAAUAUGGUGUGGAAUCCAGGCGAUAUACCGUUACUGAAUCGGAAGAUAUUCAAAGGAGUCCGCGUCGCCAUACGAGAACACCCCUACAUAGCGAGCAUAAGAAGACACAUAAUGCACUAUUCUGUAGCGACCAUACUCACUAAAAACUUAUUCAUUACAGUGGCGCAUCCUCUGGUCGAUGUGCCGCUAAACGAACUAAGCAUAGUAGUGGGAGAGAAUUACGCAGACAGGGGCGCCACACUUCUGACCGUGAUGCUGGUCAUCAUACACGAGCAGUUCGACAGGUUCUCCUUGAACGGCGACGUAGCUCUCAUCAGGGGCAGAGAGCUGUGUUUACCGCGAUCCGGGAAGUACACUCCUGGCGAGAAGUUUGACCCCAUGCUGCGUUUCGUCUCGUUCAUGAUAUCCGUUCCGAACCCUUAUUGCGACGGCUAUAAGAAGAACGGUGUCAUUUUGAAGCCGGGGAUGCUUUGUGUCGGGAAGUCCCGGAAGGAGGACAAUGUGACGUCAUGCCUGGCAGUCCCGGGCGCCCCACUGGUGGUUGGGGGCCAUCUUACUGGCUUACUGUCUUGGGGCUACGGCUGCGGAUAUGUAAACGAUCUGCCGCUGGUUUAUACCAAUAUGCAGUAUUAUCAACCAUGGUUACUGCACAACAUCCCGCUAAUCCGGCGCAUUACAAAGCAGAACUUAACACUUCUCUUCCAAUUAAAACGAGCGCACAUUUUGACAACAUGGCUUAACUUAACCAGAGUAGUGAAACCCGUUCCAUUCACUCUAUCAGAUGAGCCUAUGGAGACUCUCAAGUUGGAUAGAGAACUGGCUAAGUUAAAGGGAAGAGUGUAUGAUAUAAGGGAUUUUAUCUUCAGAGGGAUGCACCGUAAGUAUAAGAAGAGGCUGUACGAGAAGUUAAAGGACAGAAUAGCAGAGAAAGAAGCUAUAAAGAAGAUACACGAGGCAUCGGAGAUAACGAGUUCUGCUCCAUUUCUCGAUCCUGACAAUCUGUUUCAAACCACGAAACAGGGCACGGGACUGACGUUCAUGGAACAAACGCAACCCUUUGCGACUGACGGCGAUAAUGCGUACUAUGAGGAUUAUGCAGGAGCUUAG